ACCAAGCCUUUUAUUUCUGUUGGGGUCCUAGUUUUUCUAAGAAGAAGGCGCACAAAAAAAUAUAUUGUGUCAGGUUGGAGUAUUACAAAUUUCGUCCGCAUUAUUUCAAAUGAUUAUAUAGAUCUCGUUACUCACUACUAAGCUUUCGAAGACGAACCUGAUUACUUACAAACUCAAUCGCUUCGAAGUGCUUGGUAGCCAAGCUUUAUCACUGUUUCCCUUGGGGUAUUCUUCACCGUGUAUCACACAGCGGUAAUCAGACUUUUUCUCACAGGUAUGAAUGAAGUUGAUGAUAUUACUCUUGAAUGGGGUAUUGUUCUUGUGCUAUUGAUGAAUAGAAGUGUAUAUUUUGUUUUUGUUUUUUGUAACCUUGGACCCUCAGCUCAUUGGUCCAUGGCUCAUGUUGCCCUCUGUGUUGCCAUCCUCAAACUGAAAAUUUCCUUACAACAUCAUGUAUAUGAUAUAAAACUUAAAGGAGAGGUUACUUGCAACAUCAUCAUGCAGAAUUUCUUUGCAGCAUUGUUGAAAUUUCUUGUAAAAUAGGUAAAUCUCAUACAUCAUCACUAUUUGUAUGAAGUAAGUUAUUCUGAUGAACAUUUGUGUAUACUCUGUUCACAUGAAAUAUGAUAUAAGGCAUACAGUAUUAUGUUUAGACUCAGAAGACAGUAAACACUUUGAUUUGAUACUGACAAAUACAUUUUGUAGCGACCAAUCCCAAAUAAGUUCAGGACAUGCAAUCAAACCCCAAAACCACAAAUUAAUUACCUACAGCUGUUUGUUAUUUAUUUUUAUCUGCUCGAUAGGCCUUAUCUGAAGAUCACAGUAAAAUUUCAUUAACAUUUCAGGUGUCCAGGUUUUUCUGAGUUUCACAAUAAACCUAUGAUAGUAUGAGUUUCUCCCAACUCAGUGGUAGGGUGUCAAGCCUGGUAGUAUAUCUGGCAUGGUGUAAUUACAUGGCACUGAUUUCUCUUGUUAUUGUUUUUUUAUUAUUAUUUUAUCUCUUGUAAAGCGUCACUUCUGUCUGUGAGGAAGGAGGCUAAUGGUCAUAAAUACAUGUGGGUCAGUCCAUAUGUCAGAAGCAGAACUGGAAGGUUGUUAUUAGAGAGACUUGCUGAAAAUGACUGCCAAGAACUGGAAACAGAGAAAACAUCAGUGAGUUUCUUUAUGGUGUUCUGUGAUUGUUAGGGAUACAGGGCUCUUGGAUAGAAGUAACUAGCUUUCAAUCAGAAAUAACUUAAUAUGUCAUGCUUCAGAUUGUUUUACUGUAUGAUGAUGAAUUUUAAGACUUCUUUGUGAAAUUUUGUUUAUGUUAAUACAAAUUUUGUAUCAUUAAACAUGCAUUUUAGGUAAUAUGACUUUUUCACCUCAGAAGUUGCUUUAAAACUUGUAAUACCUGUUUGAUGACAGAUGGGUUUCAUUGACAACCAUCCAUAAGAGGGCUUAAACAAAAUAAUAAUUUUGAUAUUUCAAUAAUAAAGUAAUUAACAGAGAAAAAAUGAUUCAAGCAGUUGUGAAAGUUUCCAUUGAUCUUGUUCUGUGAAGAACAUUUUUAGUCUCAUUAGUCUAUAGAAAUGAAAAUGAAAGAAUUUUACAAACUCUUACAUUGAUGGUUUUUUGUGUGAUUUUGUAAUGCUUACAGUGGUACAAAUGUGAAAAUGUAGCUUUGCUGGAAGAGCUACAAGCUAAGUUUGUAGAGAGCUCACUGGAUCAAGAAACUGAAGCUUUCUUACAAAACUGUCAUGAGAAAGCUGAUGCAGUGUUCACACAGAUUGGACAUCUUCUAUUCAAAGGGUUCUUUGGUUUCUUUAUGUCUGUGACUACAGCAAAUGGGUAAUUAGUCUGAAAGAUUUGUAUUAUGUAUAAUUUAUGUGCACAAUUUCAUUUUGACUCAAGUGUAGACCAAAGAUGACUGUCACGCACUUUCUUUGCCCCAUGCUCAUGGCAAGAGAAAUAACAUUGUUUUUUGUGAUGAAACCCAAAAUUGAUCACCUUUCUCAUUCUAUUUACUUACUUAAUGCUUUUGUCAUUGCUGAAACAAGCAGUAUGCAGGAUGUCUUUCACUUAUGAACAUAUCAAUGGUCCAGCUUACCAUAGAGUCUCUUAGACUCAGUAGUAGAACACAGGAACUUGGAAUGCAAAGAUCUGUAAAUCAAUUAUUUGUGAAAAAAAUAACAUUCCUAUAAAAGUUACUUCACCUGUAUAACUUUUAAUUUCCUGAGUUCAGCAAACAAUUAGAUUUAUUUGUUAUUCUGUUUUGUAGAAUUUUGGAUCGAGGAUCAAUGUUUGUAUUUUCUGAUGCCCAGUUUCAAAGACUCAUGAAUGUAGAUGGGUCAUGGAAGACAGGGACUAUGUUAGACUUAGGAGCUGGUGAUGGCAAAGUAACAAGUGUUAUAAAACAUCACUUUGAUGAAGUUUACGCUACAGAGCAGUCUCCAUCUAUGAGGUGGAGACUCCAAGACAAGGGCUUCAAGUAAGUCAGCCCAUUACUGCUACUGCUCACUCUGGUUUCUGUAACAUGAAUCAAGGAUGAGUAUGUCUUCUUCUCCCCCUCUUUCCCUCCUUUGCUUUGUCUAGUUUCCCUACUGGUUGGCAAGUACCCAUUUUCAUUCCUAGUGCUCGCUCCACCUUUCUGAUCAGCACCGUGAGCCACAAAAUGCUAAAACGACAACCUUGUGGUUGAUACUUUUGUGUCAAAGUGGGCCAGAGUUAAUUUCCUCCAGCUAUCAUCUGCAUCUCAAAAACAUCUUUGCUUAAGUUCUCUAUUACAAGGCAAUGAUCUGAUCAGAGCAUGAAUGUGGAUUUCCUGAUUCAGUUGACAGUUUGUAACUGCCUGCCACCUCAACAGCUUUAGCAUUAAUUGUUAAUUCUCUCUUUUUAGAAUCCCUAGGACCCAAAUCUUAAAGUAUGUUAAAGUGCACAACACAAGGCCUACAGCUGAACUUCGCUGCUGAAUGUCUUUCCAUAUCUUUGUUUUUAUGAUUACCUUUUUAAGUUGAUGAGAUCUCGUAACAAACAUAAAUGCUGUGAUAUUUUCUUCCUAGCCUUUCUGUAAAUAACCAGGUUUGCUGUCUGUCACUAAAAAGCAAAUCGAGAAGUUUAAAAUCUGAGAAAGGGUUUUAAUGCAAGGCAUCAAAUCUCUCUGUCAAUGUCAGGUUACUUGAUGAAAGUGAAUGGAUGAAGGUUGAUUUCAAGUUUGAUGUGAUUGCAUGCCUAAACCUGUUGGAUAGGUGUGACAAACCUCUCACACUGCUCAGUGACAUUAAGGAAACUCUACAUCCUGAAACAGGCCGCCUGAUUGUUGCAGUUGUUCUUCCAUUUAGACCCCUUGUGGAAUCAGGUAUGCUUGAGUCUAUAAUUUUUGUUUUGUUUUUUUUUUUGUCUUACAGAAGCUAAUUUAAAAUGAAAACUAUGCCUUUAAUUAAGGAAGGACUUUAAUGGAAGUUACAUAUGGCAGUUACUAAGAGUACUCCAAAGGCCUAGAACAGGUGAUUCAAAUGCUCCAUCAUCAAAUGAUGGUUAAGGCAUCUGUGAGUAUUUUGCAGCAGUUUGGGUCAUCUCUGUUGAAAUGUUGAUAGUAACCUGUGGUACACUAACAUCCUAUCCAGAGAGGGUACCUAUCCUCUAAGCUACAUUCUGUAAGUUAUGCUAUGAAAGUCUGAUGAGUUUCUGCAGUGUAGGCAAAUAAGCAGCUUUUGUACAAGGUGUAAGCUAUCUCUGUCUUCAAAGAGAAAAAAAAAGAAAUAGAAUAUAAAUUUGUUUUAUAUAUAAAGAAAUUGAAGUCUGUAUUAUUCUUUAGGCACAAAGAUGAUUCAGCCAAGUGAAGUUAUAACAGUUCAUGGAAAUUCAUGGGAAGAACAAGUACAAAGUCUUGUUGAAGAUGUGUUUGAGCCAAGUGGAUUUACUGUGGAACUGUUUACAAGAGUUCCAUAUUUAUGUGAGGGUGAUUUGUAUAAGGAUUUUUACAUUCUGGAUGAUGCUUUGUUUGUUCUCAAAGUAUCACAAUAA